AUGCCCACCGACUCGCGCAGCCCCAGCGCGUCGCCCAGUGGCAGUUGCAGCAGCAGCAGCAGCAACGACGACGGCCCCUCGUCGCCCGGCAGCCCCAGCAGCAGCAGUCACAGCCACUCCGCGCCCCACCGACGCCCUUUGACCACCACGACGACCGCCGACGGCAAACCCAAAAAGUGCCGCUUCAACGACUGCGACAACCACGCGGUGGACGGCACGAGCAAGUGCGCGUUCCACAAGAACCGCCGCCAGUGCUGCGUCGCCAACUGCACCAACCAGGUGUACGCGCGCAAGCUCUGCGUGCGCCACGGCGGCAAGAAGCAGUGCCAGGCCGAGAGCUGCGAGGCGCACGCGCGCGGCGGCGGCUUCUGCCUCCAGCACGGCGGCUUUGUCGUCAAGCGCUUCUGCGUGGUCGAGGGCUGCUCCAAGCAGGCGCACGCGCGGCAAAAGUGCGUGCGCCACGGCGGCGGCCGGCGCUGCAAGAUCGACGGCUGCAUGCAGCACGCGCGGGCCGGCGGGCUGUGCAACCGGCACUCGCACGGCCACGAGUGCCGCGUGGACGGCUGCAACAAGACGGCGCAGCACUCGGGCUCCAUAUGCUUCCGCCACGCCAUGGAGCUCCGCGCGCACGGCGAGGAAGUGCCCGAGCUCAACAUCUCCAAGGGCGGGCGCCUGAGCAGCAAGAAGCGCCAGCAGCAGCAGCGCGAGCAGCAGCUCAAGCAGGAGCAGUUCCACCACCUGCAGAUCCAGCACCAGCAGAUCCACCCGCCGUCGCACUUUAUGCAGCACCCGCACCAGCCGCAGCACGCCCACCACCACCACCACCAGAACCAACAGCAGCAGCACCAUCACCACCACCAACAACACCACCAGCAACAACAACAACACCACCAGCAGCAGCAGCAGCAACAGCCACACGUGUCGCAAUCGUCGGCGCCGCACUCGCUGUCGAUCCAAGUGCCCCAGGGCCAGUCCACGCAGCAUCCACUGCAACACGCGCACUCGCACCAGCAGUCGUCGAGUGCGUCCAACCCGUUCGGGCUGCCGCUGAAGAUCAACGUGCCGUCCACGAUGCCUAAGUUCAGUUUGCGCACGCCGCUGGGCAACAGCUUUCCCACGCCGCGGAGUCACGAGUUCUCGCUGCUCAUGGGGCUCCCGUCGCCGCAGAUUGACAACUCGCAGCUGCCGAGUGUGUUGGCCAUGACGAACGCGGGCGGCGCUGGUGCGACCGCGACCGCCAGCAGUGGCCAGCGCACGCCUGGCAUUGACAGUUUUUUGACCAGCAGCGGGCCGCCCAGUGUCUCGCGCGGCAUUGGGAGCAACUUUCUGUCGCUGGGACUGUUUCCGACCCCGCGGUUGUCCGACCGGACGCCUGGCGCCAAUGAAGACGCGAUGAUGAGCGACUACAUGAAGCUCAUGGGCGGCCCCGAUACGCCCAUGACGUUCCACUCGACCGGUGGUCACUUUGGCGCGUCUCCGCUGCUCGAAAACAUUGGCGCAAAUGUGUUUGACCACAGCCAGCAUCACGGAUCGAACAGCUCGAGGAAUCACAUGGCGGCGAUCGCUGCAGCGGCUGCCGUGCACAACAGUGGUCAGCAGCGCAUGAAGAUGGACUUUUUGUCGCCGCGUGGACUGGCGUCGCACAGCUUUCAGAGCACGGGGUUUCCGACGUCAACGUCAGUGCACGAUGGCAUGGGUUCGACUGCACCGUCUUCUGCUUCAACAGACUAUGCUGCACAGUUUUUUGCGGAUAACAAGAGCGACAAAGUGCGUGGCCACAUGAAGACGUCGUCUGUCUCGGCUGCAACGGCGGCCACGCCGAAACCCACUGGCGUCACUGCCGCAUAG